AUGACACACGAUAUUUUCAUUUCAAAUUCUUCUUCAACGUUUGGCGAGAAAUCGUCAAGAAGUGAUGGAGCAUACAGAUUACAACGUCUUUUUAUGCUGCGGAAGGAUAAAGGUCAUAGAAAGGUUGACACAACAAAAGUCAGCAUUAGAACACCAGCUAAUGGCCUCAUCUACAGCUACACCGCUGUACGUCGCUACGGGAAGUGCGAUCGUUCAGGUGAAUGUGAU